AGCUGCAUGGUGUGGAGGCGCUGGACAGGGCUACAUCCAGGGCUUCAUUCCACAGCAGCAAAACACACAGACACACUCACCGGCGCCAGCAUGAUGAUGCUGAAAGUAGAGGAGCUGGUCACUGGGAAGAAAAACAGCAGUGGGGAGGCAGGGGAAUUCCUUCCUGAGGACUUCAGAGAUGGAGAAUAUGAAGCUGCUGUCACUCUAGAGAAACAAGAGGAUCUAAAGACACUCCCAGCCCACCAUGUGAACUUGGGGGAGCAACAGUGGAAAAGUGAGAAGCAGCGAGAGGCAGAGCUCAAAAAGAAAAAGCUAGAACAGAGAUCCAAGCUUGAAAAUUUAGAAGAUCUGGAGAUCAUCAUUCAACUGAAGAAAAGGAAAAAAUACAGAAAAACUAAAGUUUCAGUUGUGAAGGAAGCAGAACCCGAAAUCAUUACAGAACCUGUGGAUGUGCCUAGGUUUCUGAAGGCUGCCCUGGAGAAUAAGGUGCCAGUAGUAGAAAAAUUCUUGGCAGACAACAACAACCCAGAUGUUUGUGAUGAGUAUAAACGAACUGCUCUUCAUAGAGCAUGCUUGGAAGGACAUUUGGCAAUUGUGGAAAAGUUAAUGGAAGCUGGAGCCCAGAUCGAAUUCCGUGAUAUGCUUGAAUCUACAGCCAUCCACUGGGCAUGCCGUGGAGGAAACCUGGAUGUCUUAAAGUUGUUGCUGAACAAAGGCGCCAAGAUCAGUGCUAGGGACAAGCUUCUCAGCACAGCGCUGCACGUGGCGGUGAGGACUGGCCACUACGAGUGCGCGGAGCACCUCAUCGCCUGCGAGGCAGACCUCAAUGCCAAGGACAGGGAAGGAGACACCCCGCUGCAUGACGCAGUGAGACUGAACCGGUACAAGAUGAUCAGGCUGUUGAUUAUGUAUGGUGCUGAUCUCAACAUCAAGAACUGUGCUGGGAAGACCCCGAUGGAUCUGGUGCUCCACUGGCAGAAUGGAACCAAAGCAAUAUUUGACAGUCUCAAGGACAGCUCCUACAAAACCUCCCGCAUAGCAACAUUCUAAGAGACCCACACUCACCCACUGGGAGCUCUUCAUUGCCAUUUUGAAAGCAUGGCCCCAAAGCCACUAGCGAUCAAAUACAGCUUUUAUCCAUCAACUUGUUAUGAAGAUGUACCAGCAAGCACACGGAUAGGCAUUUAAAUUUCCUUUAGUGAAACUUAUAUUCUAUGUUUAUUUAUUCCUCUUUAUUUAUUUAUUCAAUGGCCUUGGGGUGCAGAAUCUCAUGAGCAUCCAUUUGAUGAGCAAGACUUAAUUUGUAGGUAACACUUUCAAGUGUUCCCAUAGAUAAACUGUGGAGUGAGCCGUGUUCUAAGUGCCUAGGUAUGUGUCCUCACUCACAUAAAUACUUCAAGGUAUUUUCAAAGGACAAGGGUGGUGAUUGCAGCCCUCUUUUCUUGAUUUUUUCAUGGUAAUAUUUGAAUGAAGCAAUGGAAGACAUGUAGAGACAGGGGAGGAAACAAAAGAAUAACAAGAAGACAAAAGCAGUUCUGUGGAGGGGGACAGUAAAGCCAUUUUACUGCUGAAGGGAACAAGGCAGCCAGCCAUUUUACCCAUGGGCUUGGUGGCAUUUUUUUCCCGAGUCACACUGUAUCAAGGUGAAGAGGAUGUCACGAGGGUGAGCGCAGGGCAGUGGAGGGAGUGGUCAGUGCGGCCACUGGGUUUAAUGAAAAAAAGAUCACAGGAAAUGUAAAGUAUAAAUGUAUAAAUGUACAUUGUGUUAUAUGUAUAUUUUGUAUUCAUAAUAAAAGUGAACAAACUCAAAA